AUGGGAAAGCGGCUCGUAUCGGGGUUGGAUGUGACCCUGAUGCUGUUGUUUGCACUGGUCAGUUCACUGUCAGCUGGGGAAGCAGAGACGAUCAGAGAAGUCAGUGGGGAGGCCGAAUCCUCAAACUAUAAUCGCUUCGACUGUCACCCUGAAGCGGGUUCUGAUCAGGCCAAAUGUGAAGCCCGCGGCUGCAUCUGGAAGGUCAGAGAGAGAAGAUCUUUAAUAUUCAACCCUGCCUUCAGGUGUUCCCAAAGAGCCCUGGUGUUAUUACCCGAGACCCACGGUUACAUCACCAACAACACUGUUGAAAAACCGAGCGGCAUCACUGUAGAUAUAGUGCGCAAUCCUGAUUUCCCAAGUCAACGUCCUCAAUCUCGAGACAUCGACAAGCUCCGUGUGGAAAUCACAUACCUGAGUGGACAAAGCCUGCGGUGGAAGAUCUUUGACCCAGCCAAUGCUCGAUACAAGGUCCCUGUUCCCCUCGACCUGCCCGCCGCACCAGAGACAGAGGAAAACAACAGACUGUACAGGGUUCAGAUCCAGCACAAGCCGUUCGGGAUCCAAGUGAUCAGAAAGGGCUCAGAAGAAAUCAUAUGGGACUCUGCCGUGCCAGGGUUCACAUUCUCAGAUCAGUUCCUUCAGAUCUCCACACGUCUCCCCUCAAACUAUGUCUAUGGUGUUGGUGAAACGGAGCACCCCAGCUACAGUCAUGACCUCAACUUUCACACAUACGGCCUGUUUGCCAAAGACCAGCCUCCAGGGUAUAAACUGAACAGUUAUGGACUUCAUCCCUUCUACAUGGGUCUGGAGAAAUCAAAAAGCGCUCACGGCGUCCUCCUGCUCAACAGCAAUGCCAUGGAUGUGACCGUCCUGCCUGAUCCAGCUCUGACCUUCCGCACCAUCGGAGGAAUCCUGGACUUCUACAUGGUGAUGGGUCCCUCUCCAGAAGCUGUGGUUCAGCAGUACACUGAGAUGAUCGGCCGCCCGGUUCUUCCAGCCUAUUGGUCGCUUGGAUUCCAGCUUUGUCGCUAUGGAUACGCCAAUGAUACGGAAAUCGCAGAUCUUUACAAGGACAUGAAAGCUGCUGAAAUUCCUUAUGAUGUUCAGUAUGCAGACAUUGACUACAUGGAGAGGCAGAUGGACUUUACGCUGGACCAAGUGAUAAAGCCUUUACAUUACCAGGCGCAAAUUCGAGGCACGAUGGAGAAACCGACAGGGCUUGAAUGUCUCCAAUUCUCUUGA